AUGACCAAUGAAGCCUGCCAAAAAAUAACCAAGAAAAUUAAAAAACAUUCUACUAUUAUUUGUUUACGCCAUAUCGAUGCUGAUGGGGAUGCCUAUGGUUCAGCUAUGGGGUUAGCCCAAUUAAUUAAAGAUAAUUUUCCGGAAAAAAAAGUUUUCACGGAUGGAAAAAACAAUGACAGCCUCAGCUUUUUAGGAAAAAACGACCAGUUAGAAAAAAGAGAUUACCAAAACUCCUUAAUAAUAAUCAGUGAUACGGCCAGCCAGGAAAGAAUAGAUAGGGCUGACGCAAAUUAUCUUUGCACCAAUCUUUAUCAACAAAAUCUCAAUCUUUUAAAGUUUAAAGGUCAUGUUUUAAAAGAAUUCAUUUUAACUAAGCCAGGAGUGGCUUUUCUUAAAAUCACCGCUGCUACUUUAAGAAAAUACAAUAUUAACCGGUUAGAAGCGAAAUCAUAUGUUAUCAGUGAAAUAGCCGAAAAAUAUAAUGGUGGUGGACAUAAAUUUGCCGCAGGAGCAAAAAUAAAAGCAUGGGUGGAACUAGAUAAUUUAGUUGCUGAUUUGGACAAAUUAAUAAAUAAGCCAGCCAAAGUUAUUGAAAAAAGUCCUUCAAAUACGACAGAAAAUCAAGAAAACAAUACUUCUCCGCCGGGGACAGGGACAGAAUAUAAAAAAGCAGUGAUUGAAGCUAAUAUGCUACCACGUGGCUCUGCUAUUUUAACCGGUUCAGGUGAUUUAGAAAAGCAAGGAAUUAAAGCAAUUAUUCAUGCUUGUCCCGGAGCAAUUCAAAAAAACGCGGGGUCCGAAUUUGAGCCAAAUAUUCAAGGAAUUAUUCAUUCAGUCCAAAAUUCCAUAAUUUUAGCCGAAAAAAAUAACUAUAAAAGCAUUGCUUUUUGUCUGGUCGGAAGCAGUUUUCUUGACAGGAUUUUUCCAAACCAAGGAACUAAAAAGGAAAAGCAAUUAAAACUAGCUGAAAUUAUUAUUAAAUCAGCCGUUGAACAAAGAAAAAGUUUAGAAAAAAUUGUUUUUGUUGAUUUUGGCAAUACGGCAUUUAUGGAAGUUAACAUAAAGAUAGGAACAGAAAGUUAUUUUCGUAAAAAACUGGGUAUAGUUUCUAUUCUCUUUUGUGGAAAUAAUUCAAUUACUGAUUAUUCGUCUCAUAAAUGCGAAGUAAUUGUUAAUUCUCUCAAUAUGGAAGGUGAAUUUAUUAGUUCAGGAAGUUUUUCCGGAUUUAUUGCUAAAAAAACUGGUUCAAGAAAAAGCAAAAUUCAAAAAAAGAUUAAGGAGCAUAUUACGGAGUUUAACAAAAGGCUAAAAAACAAAUCUAUCUAA